AUGUCUACAAAGGAAUUGCCAAAGGGCAAAGUAUACGGCUUUUUUCAUCCGUACUGUAAUGCCGGUGGUGGUGGUGAAAGAGUGCUUUGGGCUGCAGUUCAAUCAACACUAGACAAGAAUCCAAAUGAUAAAAUUGUGAUUUAUACCGGUGAUGUUGAUUCAACAAGUCAAGAGAUUUUAGAAAAUGUCGUGAAAAGAUUUGAUAUUAAACUAGAUAAUUCACGUGUUGAAUUCAAGUUCCUACAGAAAAGAUAUCUAGUUGACCCUAAAACAUGGCCAUUCUUAACAUUACUAGGUCAAGCAUUUGGAUCCUUGGUUUUAGCUUAUGAAGCUGCGCGUUUAUAUAAGCCAGAUAUAUGGGUGGAAACAAUGGGAUACCCUUUCACAUAUCCUUUAAUCCAUUACUUGCUUGGUGUUCCAAUUGUGGCUUAUGUUCAUUAUCCUGUCAUUUCAAAAGAUAUGUUGGGUAAAUUGGAUAUAUCAUUAACAUCAAUCUUUGGUCUAAAGCAGCUUUUGAAAUAUUUCUAUUGGUCAAUUUUCAUGUUUAUUUAUACAUUUGUUGGCUCUUAUGUUGAUAUCACCUUAACAAAUUCAACAUGGACUUAUAAUCAUAUCAAAAAUAUUUGGUUUUUAAAUGAGAAUAUUAGUAUAGUAUAUCCACCUUGUUCUACAGAAAAAUUCAUUGAGUCAAAAACUCCAACUCACUGGGAUAGAAAAAACAUUAUUGUGUGUAUCGCUCAAUUCCGUCCAGAAAAAAGACAUGGUUUAAUAAUUGAAGAAUAUAAAAGAUUUUUAGAUAAUUCACAUUAUUCUUCCCAUCCACCAAAGUUAGUCUUGAUUGGUUCAAUAAGAGGUCAAGCUGAUAACGAUUAUGUUGAAGAGCUUAAAUUGAAGGCAAAUAAACUUGAAAUACCUGAAAAGAAUAUUGAAUUCAUCUUGGAUGCUAAAUAUGAGGUCAUUAAAGAAUACCUUCGAGCUUCAUCAUUUGGCCUUAAUGCCAUGUGGAAUGAACAUUUCGGUAUUGCAGUUGUUGAAUAUGUCGCUAGUGGGUUGAUUCCAAUAGUUCAUGCAAGUGCAGGUCCAUUAUUAGAUAUUGUUGUUCCUUGGGAUUCUCAAUUGAAAAAACAAGUCAAAGAUCAUAGUAUAAAGAAUAGAACUGGGUUUUUCUUUAAAAGUGAAACCGAUCCUGAUUAUUCCAAUUUCAAGGAUAAAUCAUUAUAUCCUUCUUUAUCUGAAGCAUUUUUAGAAGCUACAAACUUAACAGACGAAGAAAAAUUAGAGAUAACAUCAAGAGGUAAAGAAUGUGUAUUAAACAAGUUUUCUGAUGCAACUUUUGAUAAAGACUGGAUAACUAAAAAACAAAAACCAUCACAUUUACUUAGAAAUUCAUUAAUUUUUGCAUUGAUAUUGGGGUUUUUGAAAUCAAUUGUGUUCAAUUCCCAAAACCCAUAG